CUUUGCAAUGUAAAUUAAAAGAAACUGAAUGCAAAGUGAUGUGUCAAGAGCAACAGAUAAAAAGCUUGUCUAUACAAAUAGACCAACUUCUUGAACAAGAUCAUGAUAAGGUUUCCUUAUUCCAUCCUGACUCUAAAGACAUAGGACUUAUCGAUCAAAAUGAAGCUUUCAAAGAACAGAUAAAGAAUCUGAAAGAUGCACUUUUUUGUAAUGAGGAGGAAAAACAGAAUUUACAAGAAGAAUUUCAAGACAAACUCAAGAUUAUUAAUGAUUUACGAAUGGAGAUUGAAGACUGGAAAAGUACAUACGAAAAAGUUCUUCAACGUAAUAAUUAUCUUGAGAACUAUACAGAAACAUUCAAAGACGAAGCUCAAAGACUUAUGGAGGAAAAUAGAAAUUUGACACAAGACAUUGAAGAAAAAAAUACGGCUAUUGCAAAUCUAAUGAAUGUUAUUAAUAAUAAAUCACAAAAUAUAAAUAAUUUAUUGGAAGAAAUUGAACAUAGAGAUUCGGAUAAUAACAAUCUUCAAAAGGAAUUACAAGACCUUCGUGCGAAAUGUAAAAGCAGUACAGAUAUAUUAGUAAGAGAAAAAAUGGAGACUAUGAGUUCUUCUGCAACUUGCAAGACAAGAAAGUCAAGAGUUAUUGAAAAAAAUAAAAGAUUAUGA